AUGUGGUGGGAUGGAGAAGAAGAGAGCCUUGCUGACACCACAAGAACUGAGGAGAACAGACUUGGGUCUUUGCCAGUCUCAACCCACAGACAGCAGGCCAGGUUGUGCCAAACUGGAGUCUUGUCCACAGUCAAAACCCUUUUGAGCAAAGCAGCUGUCCAAGUCUUCAGUGGACCGUUUCACAGCACCUUCAUGGUCAGCCAGAUCAAGAUGCACCUGCUUCUGUCCCAUGGCGAUGUGUCUCUUUCUGCCCCUUCCCUGGUCGCCCUCUUCUUAAAGAAAAGGGUCCAAGCAGGAGCUCAGCAGCAGAAGGAGGAGCAGAACAUAGACACCCAUCUCUCAAGGAAUAAAAUGAUGGCUCUAAAGAGAGCCCUGGAGCAUAUUUUGCCCCAACAAGGAAGGUCUCCCUGUGAUCCCACUUUUAUCCUGAGCUGUGCUCCCUGCAAUGUGAUCUGCUCUGUUGUUUCCCACACUCAUUUUGAAUACAGAGAUCAGGCUAUUCUUACCUUGAUGGCAAAACUCAAUGAAAACAUCAGGAUUCUGAGCACCCCAUGGGUCCAGGAUUCAUCUAAUUAUUCCAUCAAAUCAUCCCUAGGAAAACACAAUUCACAGUCUGAAUUCACCAUGGAAAACUUGACUGUCACUGUAAAUGAUCUAUUUGGUGCUGGAACAGAGACUAUGAGCACCACCCUGAGAUAUGGACUCCCGCUCCUGCUGAAGUACCCAGAGGUUGCAGCUAAAAUCCAGGAAGAGAUUGACCGCGUGGUUGGCAGACACUGGAGCCCCUGCAUGCAGGACAGGAGCAGCAUGCCCUACAAGGAUGCUGUGGUGCACGAGAUCCAGAGAUACAUUGACCUCCUGCCCACCGGCGUGCCCCAUGCAGUGAUCAGUAACGUUAAAUUCAGAAACUACGUCAUCCCCAAGGGCACGAACAUAAUCAUGUCACUGACAUCUGUGAUGCAAAAUAACAAAGAAUUUCCCAACCCAAAGAGGAUUGAUCCUGGCCACUUUCUGGAUAAGAGUGGCAACUUGAGGAAGAGUGACUACUUCAUGCCUUUCUCAACAGGAAAACGAAUUUGCCUGGGGGAGGGCCUGGCCCGCAUGGAGCUGUUUUUAUUCCUGACCACCGUUUUACAGAACUUUACCCUGAAGUCUCUGGUUGAACCAAAGGACAUCGACACCACCCCAGUUGAGAGUGGCUUUGCCUCUGUGCAGCCCUCAUACCAGCUCUGCUUCGUUCCUAUCUAAGGAAGGGGCAGCUGUCUGCCAGCUGUGGUGCCGUCUGCAGCUUCCCUCCCCUGGGGCACCGUUCACCUCCCUCCCUCUACUGGGGUUGCCUCCUCUGACCUCCCCCCUCCACAUCUCCCCAUGCCCUGAAGAUCCAGGGAGAAUCUAACCUGCAUUAAAGAGACUUCCCUG